AUGUUCAGACAAACAUUACGUACCGUUGCCAGACAAUCUUCCAAUGUUGUCAGAAGAGGUUACGCCACCGAGGCUGCCUCUUCUGAUGCCUUGAAAUUAUCAUUGGCUCUUCCUCAUCAAACCUUGUAUUCCGAUUCUGAAGUUCAACAAGUUAACUUGCCAUCCAUUAACGGUGACUUGGGUAUUUUGGCUAACCAUAUUCCAAUAGUCGAACAAUUGAGACCAGGUUUAUUGGAAAUCAUUUCUAAAGGUGGUGAAACCGAUACUUACUUUGUUUCUGGUGGUAUUGCUACUGUUCAACCCGGUAACAAGUUGACUAUUUCUGCCAUUGAAGCUUUCAAGCCUGAUCAAUUUGAUGGACAAGCCGUUAAGCAAUUGAUUGCCGAUGCUCAAAAGAGAGCUGCAUCUUCUGAUGAAGUUGUUGCUGCUGAAGCUACCAUUGAAUUGGAAGUUUUAGAAGCUUUACAAGGUGUUGCUAAAUAA